GUGAGGACUAAAACAAACUCUCAUAGAAACACAAGGGGUAUAACCAAUAACACCACAAAACAGUCCCCAUCAUCAUAAACCAGUACCACAUUAUCCACCAUUGGAUUAUGUUAUCCAAAAAAAAAAAAAAACUCAAAAAAGUGAAAUUGACCCAACAACAACUUCUUCAAUCUCAAAUUCGAAACAACCCCUUUUCCUUCUUACACACAACAAGAAAUUUUGAAUUUCCCCUUUUUCGCCUUUGACCCAAAUCCAAAAACCCUAAUUUCAAUCCUCAAAAAGACCCAAUUUUUCUGCAAUUAAAUUGAAUGGCGAAGAUUAUGAGUAGUGAUUGUGUGUUUUCUGGUGGUAAUUGUGGUUUUGGUUGUAGUAAUUUGGAGAAUUUGGGUCCUGUUAUGGUCAAGAUGCCGAUUUGGUCAAAAUUAGGAUCAAGUUUGACCGCCCGGUCAUCUGGUGAUGGUGAGUUUUUUGGUCGGAGUUUGACUUUAAAAAGUCAAGAAAGAAGGGUUUGUACCCAUGGGGCUAAUGCUUCUGAUGCAAAGAUGAGUAUAAGCAUUGGGAAAUCUUUAAGAUGGUGGGAGAAAGGUGUUCAACCAAACAUGAAGGAAAUAACAGGUGCGGAAGAUCUUGUUGAAUCGCUUUUGAACGCGGGUGAUAAAUUGGUUGUUGUCGAUUUCUUUUCACCUGGUUGUGGCGGUUGCAAAGCUCUUCAUCCCAAGUUAUGUCAGUUAGCAGAGAUGAAUCCGGACGUACAAUUUCUACAAGUGAACUACGAGGAGCACAAGUCUAUGUGUUAUAGCCUCAAUGUUCAUGUUCUUCCUUUCUUUCGGUUUUACAGAGGCGCUGAGGGUCGUCUUUGUAGCUUUAGCUGUACCAAUGCUACGAUCAAGAAAUUUAAAGACGCAUUAGCAAAACACAAGCCGGAACGAUGCAGUUUAGGCCCGCCAAAAGGUCUAGAGGAGAAAGAAUUAGUGGCACUCGGGGCCAACCCGGACCUUUCUUUUGCGUAUACUCCAAAACCCGAGCACCCGCAAAAGGAGGUUGCACCGCCGCCAAUGCCAGCGGUGGCAGCGUCGAACUCAUCAUCCGAGUCAAGUCUCCCUCUUCCUGUUCCUCUUAAAUCGACAUUGGAAAAGAAAGAAGACAAUAAAAAUAAAACAUUGUUGUCUUCUGGGAGAUGAUGUGUGUUUAAGAAUUAAGAUUAUAAAAAAAUGGUCAUAUGUUUAAUGUUAGUAGUAUAUUAGUGUUUGUAUGUACAGGGUAGCUUUGUACUAUGUUUUUUGUUGUGUAAAUAGUACAAAAGUUGAGCUGCAAGUGUGUUUUUAGAAGCCUAAAUUUGUCUAAUAUAUGUAUGUAUAUGAGAGAAAGUUUGUUUUUACUUUUAAACAUGGUGUUAGUGUAUGUAUGUAUAUACAGGUUUAUUUAUAUAUUGUAACAUGUGCUUGUUUUUUUGCUGAUGA